AUAAGCCAUCUGCCUUCCUAAGGCGAACAACUGUUUCUAUGGCAACAGCAACCGGUCUCCGAGCGUUGUAAUCUCGCGAUAUCUAUCUCGACGGAAGUGACGGCAAGCGGGAGUUCCUGAGGGGCUCCCCCCCCCCCCAAACCUCGGUCAAUCGCUGCUAGUCUACAGAGCUCCAACCUUUUCCCGCCCGAGGAACUGCUGCCGCCAGGACUUCCCUCUGCCCUCUUUCCCCAUCUUCCCCGUUCCCUUCCUCCCCGGGAUGAACAUGGCGUCCGCCCUGGAGCAGUUCGUGAACAGCGUCCGGCAGCUCUCCGCUCAAGGGCAAAUGACUCAACUUUGUGAAUUGAUAAACAAAAGUGGAGAACUUCUAGCAAAAAAUUUAUCUCAUCUUGAUACAGUACUUGGUGCUUUGGAUGUACAAGAGCAUUCCUUGGGUGUCCUUGCCGUUCUGUUUGUGAAGUUUUCUAUGCCCAGUGUACCUGACUUCGAAACGUUAUUCUCACAGGUUCAGCUUUUUAUCAGCACUUGUAAUGGGGAACAUAUUAGAUAUGCAACAGACACUUUUGCUGGUCUUUGCCAUCAGUUAACAAAUGCUCUCGUGGAAAGAAAACAGCCCCUGCGAGGAAUUGGUAUCCUCAGACAAGCCAUAGACAAGAUGCAGAUGAAUACAAACCAGUUGACUUCAAUCCAUGCAGAUCUCUGCCAGCUUUGUUUGUUGGCAAAAUGCUUUAAGCCUGCCCUCCCCUAUCUGGAUGUGGAUAUGAUGGACAUUUGUAAGGAGAAUGGGGCUUAUGAUGCAAAGCACUUUUUAUGUUACUACUACUAUGGUGGAAUGAUCUACACGGGGCUAAAGAACUUUGAAAGAGCACUCUAUUUUUAUGAGCAGGCCAUAACUACUCCUGCCAUGGCAGUCAGUCAUAUUAUGUUGGAAUCUUAUAAGAAGUAUAUUCUAGUUUCUUUGAUAUUACUGGGCAAAGUUCAACAACUGCCAAAAUACACUUCUCAGAUUGUUGGUAGAUUCAUUAAACCCCUUAGCAAUGCUUACCAUGAAUUAGCACAAGUUUAUUCAACCAAUAAUCCAUCAGAACUCCGAAAUCUGGUAAACAAACAUAGUGAAACUUUCACUAGAGAUAACAAUAUGGGGCUGGUUAAGCAGUGUUUGUCUUCUCUUUAUAAGAAGAACAUUCAAAGGCUAACAAAGACAUUUUUAACAUUGUCAUUACAAGAUAUGGCAAGUCGUGUACAAUUGUCAGGACCUCAGGAGGCAGAAAAAUAUGUCCUUCACAUGAUAGAAGAUGGUGAAAUUUUUGCAAGUAUUAAUCAAAAGGAUGGUAUGGUCAGUUUCCAUGAUAAUCCUGAAAAAUAUAAUAAUCCAGCUAUGCUUCAUAACAUCGAUCAGGAGAUGCUGAAAUGUAUAGAGCUUGAUGAGCGACUCAAGGCCAUGGAUCAAGAAAUCACAGUGAAUCCUCAGUUUGUGCAAAAGAGUAUGGGCUCACAAGAAGAUGAUUCAGGAAGCAAACCAUCCAGUUAUUCUUGAAAUUUACAUUUUCUGUGCUUUAAACUGAAAGAACCACCACUUGACCAUUGGAAACUAUGAGAAUGGCAGAGAGGACUGAAACUGUUUUAUCUGGACAUUAAGAAAUUAAAUUUUGUUUUGACAUCUUCAGUCCUAUAUGCUUUCCAAAAUUUUCUCUCUGCAAAGAAAGGAAAAGAUCUCAAAACUUUUAAAGUCUCUUGUGAAUUUAUUUAUCUUCAGAUUAACAUCGUUAUUGCAUUAAAUAAUCUACCUUUUGUUUUAAAUGGCUUGAAUGUUACUGUGUUCCUGUAGUACUUUCCUCUUUCCCCCCCUUCUGAAAACAGUUUUCUUUUGUGAGAAACAGGGACAUAAAACUAAUUACUAUUUGAAAGGUUUUUUGACUCCUUAAAAUCAAUGAUAGUUUGGUUUUACAAAAAAGAGGGGGGUAGGAAUAGGGUUUACUUGAAAGGCAGAAGCUAUUUAAAACUUUAUGGACUUUUAUAGACUUGGACAUUGCCUACUAGAUUUGGCAAAAUUAGUUUUAGUUUUCAGAGGAAUCAAAAUAUUUACACAGUCUGCUGGUACUGGUGUAGAAAUGAGAAUUAAAGGGAUGCUAUCAAACAUUUUUAAGCACUUUCCAAAAUAAUGGUGCAUGGAAUAUCCUUUUAUAAUCUUGAACAUAGCUUUUCCCCCUCCUGCUCAUUUUGGUCUUUUCAUUUGAUAUGCACCUGACUUGUUUUUUGCUCUUACUCCUUGUUAAAAGCAUUUUCAAUUAAGCUGCAAUUAGCAUGAUUUUAUUUUGAUUACUUAGUGAAUUUUAUUCACAGAGUUCUGAGACUAAUUUGGCUAUCAGUUUUACUGAGUUCAUCCUAUAAUACUGCAGGGUUUAUCUGAAAGAUAGGCAAAAUUUUGCUAUAAUGAAAAAUUUCAGAUAAAAAAACCCAUGAAAAUUGGUUUGUCAUCAAACUAAAAUAUAUUUGUUUUUUCUAUUGACAUCAGGUUUUUUUUUUAAUGUUGACAUGUUUCAUGUGCCUUUUUUGGUGUAGGGUUUUAGCAAAUCAGGUUUUCAUUAUUUAAAACUCAUGAGCCUCUUUAUCAUUACUUAUAUUAUAGACUAAAUGUACACUGUUACUUGCAAUGAAGGAUUUUGUAAAGCAACAUGGCUUUUUUUUUUUUUAAGUAUUUCGCGCUUCUACUUUUGCUUCAUUGUUUUUCAACUAAGUUGUGCUUUUGUGCUCCUUUAGCUGAAGUGUCUUAAAAUUUACGAUCUGAAAUGGACUUAAAUUACUGAUUUAUAUGUGAUGGUAAUAAUGGUGUCCUGUUGUUGAAAGUCAGUUAUUGAGAAAGGACAUAAUCUAAAGUAUUUUAUUUGUGUGUUUGGAACCUCUAAAUAUAAGUAAAGUUAGGUGUUUAGUAAUGAAAGGCUAUAUAUCUUAGAGAAACUUUGCAUUAUAGAGCACGGGACUGGCUUUUAGAAGAUCUGGAUUCUAAUCAAGGUUCUGUCCCUAACCAACUAUGUCGUUUUGAAUAAGACACUCAUUCUCUGGUCCUCCUUUUUUUCCAUCUGUAAAUUGAGGAGGUUGAAUUAGAUUUCUAAGAUCCCUUACAACUCUGAAUCUAUGACUUUACAAAAUUAGCACUCAUAAUCCAAGGCUUAGUUUUUUGAAACAAAAGUAAGGAAAAAAAUACCUGCUUAAAAGUUUGUUACCAUCGCUGCCUCAUGUCUCAGUAUGGGCUUUAGCUUCUUUCAGUGAUGAGGGAGAAGCUAUUGAAAUAUAUUUUUGUUCUUCAGUAUGCAGCAAUGACCCUUGAUGUCUUUUUUUUUUUAAUCCAAAAUUGACUGUAUCUGAAUUACCAAGAUCUGCAAUAUAAGCUGAGACAUGGUAGUAGACAGAUCAGAAUUUUGAUAGAAUAAUUCUCCUUAUUUUGGAAAUUAUUCUUUUCUAUAGUGGAUCCAAUUAAAAAAAAAAUGCCAUUUCACCCUUGUUGCCUUUUCCCUGUUUCAUCCUGCCAUCUUCUGAAUUAAUGAUUUUUCAUCUAUUUGGGAUUCUUUUAAAUCCAGCAGAAGAAAUGAUAAUUGAAUGUAGGACAUUGCUACCUGUCUAAGAAGUAUACUGUUUGGGCUAUUAGCAUGUGCAUUUUUUUUUUUUUAACCAAUACAAAAAUUCCAACCUGAUGAUUGAGAUACCAUGCAUUACGUAUGUUAAUAAUAGUUCACAUCUAUAUAGCACUUUAAGGUUUGCAAAGAACUUUCCUCACAAUAAAACUGUGAGAUAGUUAAUGCAAGUCCAUCUUCUCUAAGAAGUUAAAAGUAAGUUGCCCAUUAUCAGAUAGCUAGUAAGUGGCAGAACUUGAAUCCAGGUCUCUUGACUCUUAAGUGUAGCACUCUCUCAACUUUGCCACAGUAAUCUCUUCCCUGGUUUAAGGCUCAGUGGUAAGAUACUUUGUGAGAAUUCUUUCAUGUUUAACACCUGUAGUGCUUUAUGUGAGCCAGAACUCAACAUAUAUACAGCUAUGGUGUUUAAGGUACUAUCUAAAGAAUUUUCAGCUAAGUAUUAAAGGAAUGAUAAGAAGAACAUGUUUUUUAAGCCAAAGAAUGUCAUCACUGAGCAAUAAAAUAGUGGGAGUUUUCUGUCCCGCGCUGAUGGCAUCAUUUAAGAUAAUUGUGUUUUUAUGGAUGAAAUAUUGCUCUAAAGCUAUUAGAAUUAAGCAUUCCAAUGAAGGCUAAAAAGUAGUAGCCUUUAUAAUACAGAGCAGUGGUUUGGUUUUCAGUCUUUUCACUUAUAAGGACCCUAUUCACAUCUAAAACUUUCAAAGCUUCCCUACAUGAUAGUAGGUAUCUUUUUACUACCCAUUGACUGUGAAAAGACAGGAUGGUAAAAAAAAACAAAAACAAAAAAAACCCCAAUAUGUAUUAAUUAUAGUCUUUGAAUAAAUUUGUAUUUUGUUAGUCACAAUAGCAAAAGAAGAUAUAUUUCAUUCCAAAAAUUUUUUAAAUUCCAGUUCAGGCACAUGAAAGUCACCAUAAAUAUUCUUGUUGCAAACUUUUAGAGAUUAGAUUGGUAAUAUUUCCUACACACAUAGAGUCAUAGAAAUCCCUUAUGAUAACUUAGCAUAUCAUGGACCCCCAAGGUUGGGAACCACUGUUUUAGAGAAAAGUAUCUGUUUCAACAGGGGAUUUUUACAGUGGAGAAAUUCCUUAAAUUUUAGCUUUUAAAACUUUGCUUGCUUGCUUAUUUGGUCUUGUUAGCGCUCCAAACCAUUAAUGUCAAUCGUUUCAACAUCCAGAUUCCCUUCUUUUUUUGUUAGAUCUACAAUGAAGUUGUAAUCCUGAAUUUCCUUUAGUUCUCAAAUAUGUCUUUGUAUUAUAAACAAAAAAAUUAUGCCUGUGUUGCAGCUUGAACAUUAAAUUGUAAGAAAAAAACUAUAUAUACAUAAAUUUGAACAGUUGAAAAGAACAUUUAUUUUUUAAAGACUAGAAAAGAUCAGCUAUUUCUAUACACAAAAGUAUUUGCACUUAUAUGACAAAUGCAUUUAAGAUAGAUGGAUUGAUAAUAAAACAAAAUAUGUACCCAUGCCCUAUUUCAAAUCAAUAGCUAAAACUAGAAUUAUUUUUUUUUUUGUUAGCUGCUGACUAUAGGAAUACAAUAAACACAAGUCAUAACUUAAAAUUACAAUGAAAAUCUAUAUGAUAUUUGGUCAGAAUCAAUUGCAUUGGGACCCGCCUCCAAAAACCAAAAAUAUGAAAGCCAAGUAACUGAAAAACUAGUGUACUAAAAAAGUUUGGCUUCAGAAUUGAGAAUUGACCCAGUUUCAAGUUUUAUGUUGAAAAAUGCUAUUGUAGAUCUUGGGUGGUAGAGGGAGAUCCUGAUGCUAAUGAAAUCACAGAUGUAGGACAAAAAAGAAGAAUGUAUUAGUUAUUUCUUAACGUUAUUUGGAUAUUCUUGUUUUUGAAGAAAAUUAUUAAUCUACUAUUUCCACAAUUCUUUUUGUGAAAACUCCUCUAAAUAGGAAUAGUUGCUUGAUGAUAUUGAAAAAAAGUGGCUCAGAAAUUACUUUUGCCUUAUGAAACAAGAUAACCGCUUCUUAUUGUUUUUGUUUCUGAUACUUGUCUCACAGCUGACUUAAACCAUUACCUGUCAGUCUAUUUUUAAAACCUCACAAGAAGACAAUUUCAUGGGUGACAGCCAAGAAAACUUUGUCAUGUCAGAGCAAAAUUUUACCAAGUAUUACUUCUGGGGAAAUUAGUAUGAAAUAAAAGAACUAGAAGCUUUGUUACUAAUUCAUAUAGCAGUGUAUUUCUGUUCCUAAAUUUGUAAACUACUCCAGGACUGUAAGGGUUUGCUCUGAAAUAGAAAUGCUGGUGCUGGUGGAUUAUUGACUGAAUAAAUAAAUAACCAAAGAUCCAUAUUAAGGCCCCUGAUAGUUUAGGAUGUAAUUCUUUGCUUUUCACUUUGUCUUUGUGUUAGUGUUGACAACAGAUCCGUAUAUUCCUAAAAUAUUAGUUCUCAAGAUGAAGAUAUCAGAAAUGAAUCUUUAUUCAUUUGAGCCCCCCGCCCCCAUUGGAUUACAACAAUGCAAUUUUGAAAAGAUGGUUAGCUUAUAGCAAUCUCAUUUUCAAGCAUUUAUUGAAUAUAGUGUCUAUUUCCAAACACUGGGUUCAUCACUAAAGGGAAAAUGUAAUAAAAUGAAUGCAAGAUGGUAGUUUUUUCAAUGUUGUUUCUACGUUUAAUGUUUUGGCAAAUUCCUAUAAUGCAGUUCAGAAGCUCUUGGCGUUUAAAGAGUAUUUCAAAAUAAAAUUCAAUGUGUGUGUUAGUGAAGGUCAUUAACUUCGGGUUAUGAAUGUUGCAAUUGGAGUGUCUUUAAAUCUUAAUUUGCACUAAUUGUUUAUGUAGUUUUUUGGGGAGGUUUUUUUGAACUUUUAGGCUGUCUGUGAAGUGUCCAUGUUAUUGUACACUUUUGGAAUUUCAUGUAACACAAAAAUAUCUUGUGUUUAAUCAUUGAUUAAAUGGUCAACAUGCCAUUGUAUAUUAUAACAGCAUAUUUAAGAGAAAACAUUCAGAAUAGCUAGAUUAAUAAGAAGAGAAAUAACUGAUGAAAAGGAAUUAACAUCUCUAGAAGUAUAUGUCAGUUUAAUCCAUAUGUGGUAUGUGUACUGUUGAGAUUUACAUUAAGUGGCAGUGACUAACUAAACCUUAACCUAUGCCCUUAUAGCUUAUUCUUAGAAAAUAGUAUAACUUAAGAAAGAAUGGUGACUUGCAUGGGCAAAUAGACAGGGAUAGUUAGUCCUGAGAUAAAAGAAAGAAAGAAAAGUCUAAUUGUAACCUUGAAAAAUAAAAAUGAAGUGCAAAAAGAUA